AGGAAAAGGAGCAAAAGCAACUGCAGUUGGAGGCAGCAACGACGUAAACGGUAGUGCGAAACAGCAGCGAUAAACAUAGCGCAGGAAGCGAUCCAACGAAGGUCCCCCUAUGUUCAUGCCAACGGGAGGGGGUGGGAAGGGAAACAGACCACAGUCAACACACCAGCAGAACCACAGCCACCAGACCCAGCACCACCAGACGUCACACGGCCACUCACAUGCGCACCACCAUCAUCAAAACCAGUCGCAGCAACAGCCGCCCCAACAGCAGCAACAGGCGCGCAUUUCCCAUCUGCAUCAGCAACAGGAGCAGCAGCAGCAGCAGCAGGCGGCACACGCAGUGUUUGUACCGCAACAGAGCGGCGUCUCGAAUCUAGGUAAUCUUCAUCAUCACCACCAUCCUCUACCGCAGCAGCAACAUCAACAGUUGCAGCAGCAGCAGCAGCAGCAACAGCAGCAUCAACAGCACCAACAGCAGCAACAUCUUCAGCAGCAACAGCAACAUCAUAUACACCAAGGCCCGAUUGUCUUCUACUCUAGCCAACAGCCGCCGGCAUUGUCGUAUGUGAACCACCCGCAGCACUCGUCCAGCAGCAGCAGUAAUGGCAGCAGCGGUGGCGCCGCUCUUCAACUGAGUGGCGCCGCCAGCAAUAGUUCGCUGGGACAUGGCCAUGGCCAUAAUCAUCACAGCCAUGGUCAUGGCCACGCGCAUGCGAAUGGUGUCCUUACGCCAGUCAGCAGCAAUACAAGCCUGGUGUGCGCCCUCAGCAAUCCGGCGCUGCCGCCAAGCUUUACGCCUUCAGCUGGUCUGAUCGCGCCCCCAGGCGCCAAUGGGCCUGGGGCUGGCACCACAUACAUUUCGACAGCAUUCGUGCCCUUAAAUCAUCCCGGACUGAUUGGCGCACAGCCUAUGACGUAUGCCCCAAACGGAGGCUCGGCAGCGCCCGCUGGCACCUUCUAUGCGACAUCAGCUCAACAAAAACCACAGCUGCCGCCUGUGCAGCAGCACGUCGUGAGCGCCUUGCCCGCCCCCAAUGCAGGCCAGCAGCAGGCCAUAACUUACUAUCCCCAGCCGUUGCCGCCAGCGCCGCUGAAUAACAACAACAUCAACAAUAAUGCGGUGGGCGGUGGAGGGGGCAAUGGCGCACACCGUGCGAAUAUUCGCGGUGGGCAACGGUCGACGCCGCCCCAGCAAACCAACUAUUAUGCCUACACGGUGCCCACGGCAGCUCCUCAACCGCGUCCCACGCUGGUCAACAACGCUACGGCGACCGCUGUUGCGCCCAUUCUGAAUCCGCGAAGCGCGCCCCUCAACGGAACACCGGCGUUUCAUAUUCCGCCGGCAUACAAUAUACCGAUAGUACCGCAGACCAACCUGGCGACAGCUCCGAUUAUAGCGGCUGCAGGCUUGACCGCAGCUCCAGCGGCUCCUGCAACUGGGCUGCACACUUAUCCACCACAUAUGCAAGGCACAGGGACCGCAGCUGUGGCAGCUGUUGCUGGUGUGGCUGCAGGCUUUCCGCCGACCUCGCUGACAACGGCCUCCCAGCUGGCUGGGAGUGACAAGGUAAAGGAGCGCCGGCAUGCCAUACCCAUCAUACAUCCGGACACUAAGGAGAAUGUGUUGGACCCCAAGUCGUCGGUGUUUAUCAAGAAGGACUCCAACAGCACACUGACAUCCAGCACGGGAAGCGACAGCAGCCUGCCCCAGUACCAGUUGUCCAGCAUCUCAGAUUCGGGCUCCUCAACUCAACUAAUUACCAGCGUCAUGGUGGAUCAUCAAAUGCAAACGGAUAAAGCAUUGCAACCACCCAGUACCAGCCAUGCAGCUGCUGCAGCCGCCCUACCACUGACCGAUGAAGACAAAGUCAGCGUCAUUGUCAAGGACAUACUGGCCCACUCAGGCAAUCCGGAGGAACACCUUAGCUUCUGGCAGUUCAAUGACGUGGACAACACCUCGGAAAAUGCAACUCAGUCAACUUGCGGCAACAUGAGCGCGAAUUUCGAUGAUUUGCCACCUGUAGCAGCAACAGCAUCAACAGCCGCAGCAACAGCAUCAACAGCAGCAGCUCCAGCUCCAGCUCCAUCUGGCAGUUCCAACGCCCCAGUGACGUUCAAGGAACCGCCGCCGGCUAAGAAACAGCGCCCCAAGUCGGCGAACAAACAAAACACAGCCACGCCUACGUCUAUAGCCAACGCUGUGGCCGAAGCAGCAACCUGCAGCAACAAGAGCAUAAGCAUUUUAACAAGCAUUAAACAUAAUCCAGCGCCCCAACCACAGCCGCAGCAGCAACCGCUCUUGCAGAAUCCACCAAAAGCAGUGAACGUCAGCUUGGGAUCCGAUGCGAGUCCUACAAAGACGAUAAAGCCUAGAAUAUCUGUGCCGUACAGUCAACAGUCGCAAACAAAAGGUGAACAGCCGCUUUUGCAGUCGACUUCAUCUUCAGCGACCUCGACGCCCACGCACCAGCAGAAGGCGCAACAGGUACAACAGCCGAAGCAAGCUGGCGGCGUCACAGGAACAGCAGGAGGAGCAGGCAUGCGAAGAGCGGUAAGCCCAAGUCCUGCGCGCCCAGCUGGUUGCAGUCCGGCGACACCUGCUGCGGCCGUACACUCAAACAAGAAGAGUCAGCGAAAGGCGCAAAAGCGUAAGGAGCAGGAGAAGAAAAAGCAAAAGGCUGCAGCUAACAUCCCAAGCAGCACCACAGCGGGCAGCGCCGGCAGCAGCGGCGCCGCAAGCAGCUCCAAGAGCAACGGCAGCAAUAAUAACAACAACAAUGCUGCAGGUGGUGCCGACACCAUCAUCACAUUUGUGACAACAACUAAAGCGACAGCCGCAGUCGCGUCCGCAAUGCAGGACAAAGCGGCGUCAACGAUGACUGAUAAGCUUAGUGCAACUAGUAAUAAUUCUAGCUUAAGUUCUAGCGUAAGAGACAAGAAACCCAAAGAGCAGCAGCAGCAGCAGCAGCAGCAUUCGAGCAACAAAAAUAACAACAACAACGAUGCGGCUGCCAGUGAACACAAAACAGACCAUAAAGAUGAUUCGAUACAACAGCUGGACAAGCACAUGGCCAACGAGGACAUUGUAGCACAAUUUCUUCAAAAGAGUUAUGAUGAUCCACCCAGUCCAGCAGAUACACAGCUAGAGUUUCUGAACAGCAGCAGCUCCAUGUGUGACGAUUCGGACAUUAUAAGGGACCCUGCUCCUGCCGACGAGAUAACUGAGAGUAAUGCUGACGGCGAACUGGACGAUAAUAAUGCCAACAAGUGCGUCGAUAAUAAUGUGGGCGACUUGAAGUUUGGUGACUUUAGUGAGGAGGCGCCUGCUGAAAAUUCCAGUUUCAUAUGCAGUUCAACCUGGUCUAGCUCACAACCAAUUGAUGUCACCAGCUCUCAAAGUACAAUGUCUGAGGAUAAUGUGGAUUGUGCGCCUAAGACCAACAUCCAAAAGAUUGAGCCACCCAUUAAAAAGAGCUCCCCCAUGCAUCAGACGGGCAAAGCAACUGGAUCCCUUCAGAGACCAGCAGCCGGUAAAUCAUCAGCGGCAUCAUCAAAGAGCUCUAGUGUCAGCAAGUUCAUAAGAUACAACAUUGAUGAGCUGCGCGAGCUGUCGAAGCUCAGCGAUUCGCGGAAGCCUCCGCUAGUUCCCUGCCAGAAAGGCGAUUGUAUAUCACAAUUGUUCGUCUCGCGACAAUCACAGCAGCAGCAGCAGCAACACCACCACGGACACAAUCCGCAUGGACAGCAGUAUCAGCACGCGCACGAAUCGAUGGAAUAUGGAACAGGUAAACGCGGACGUGGUCAUGGCCAUGGACCGAAUAAGAAGCAUCAUGAGGGACAUCAGCCAAUGACCGGUAACUCGAGCGGUAAUAGCUCUGGUCCUGGUGGAAUGGGUAACUCCAAUCAGCGGCAUAUGGAUAUAAUACGUGUGCAGCUGUCACUUAAGGAGGAGAUUAAACUGUCCGAGUGCGAGAAUGCCUGGCAGCCGGAGACACUGCGUCGUAUGUCUAUGUUCAAUUCAACGGAGCCAGACCAAGACGAUGACAUGGAUGUGGUACUGAAGAAAGUUCGUGGCAUACUCAACAAGUUGACUCCUGAUAACUUUGAGGUGCUGCUCAAAGCAAUGUCUAGCAUCAAUAUGGAUACUCAACGCAAAAUGACAAACGUUAUGCUGCUUAUUUUCGAGAAGACCAUCAGUGAGCCCAAUUUCGCACCCACAUACGCACGAUUUUGCAAGGUGCUGUUCCAUGAGAUUAAGGCAGAGAAUAAAUCUCUGUUCACCAGCUCGUUAAUCACGCGCAUUCAGCACGAGUUCGAAUCGAACGUGAAUGAUGCCAAUGCCAAGGCCAAAAAGCUGCAGCCCACUCAAGAGCGCAUUAAUGCGUGUCAAGAUACGGCCAAGAAGAUUGAGCUGCGGGCUGAAAUGGAGGACCUUGAAUAUCAGUUCAGGCGUCGAGCCUGGGGCACUGUGCGCUUCAUAGGUGAACUUUUCAAGCUGCAAUCACUUACCAGCGAUCGUGUGCUGCACUGCGUCGAAUCGCUGCUUGAACAUGGCUGUGAGGAGAAGCUGGAGUAUAUGUGUAAGUUAUUGACCACUGUUGGCCAUCUGCUCGAAGCCGGCCCGUCCGAGCAAUACCAGAGCGGUGCACGCAUCGAGAAGAUCUUCCGCCGAAUACAGGACAUAGUACAGCGUUCACGUGGCGGCACCACUGGCGGUCGACAGCAUCAGUUUAAUAUUAAAAUAAGCAGCCGUGUGCGAUUCAUGAUGCAGGACGUGCUGGACUUGCGCUCACGCAACUGGGAUCAGCCGGUGACCGCUCACUCGACUUCUGGUAGUCGGCAGCGUCACAAGCAGCACGACGAACCCAAAACCCAGCAGCAGCAGCAGCAUAGCACGCGCGGCAGUCAUUUGCCCCAACAGCAACAACAGACGUCUAGCUACCAGUAUCAACAGCAGAAGCAACACCACCAUCAUCACGGCUACAAUGACGGCGGCAAUUACUUUAUGCAAAAGCUGCCCAAGGCGCAACAGCAUGAAAACCAAUCUCUCAGCAUAGAUCCCAAUAAGCUGCGCUUCAGCAGCAGCAACAACGACGACACUACGACCGCCAAGCUGGGCAAUUCCUCACAUUAUCAGUGGCGCAACGCUAGCAAUCGUCCAGUUAGUGGUGCGCCAGCUGCACAGCCCACUUUGCUUAAGCGCCUGCCGUCGACGAGCUCCUUUACCACCUAUCCGCCCUACCAGCAGCCACCGGCGGCACAGGUGGGCGUGCCUACAGCAGCCAGCAAAAGCCAGUCUUCAGAGCCGGCCACUCCGAAAGUUGAGUUUGAUGCGAAACAGUGCCAGGAGAUGCUCACAAAGCUCGUCGAAGAGGUGCUCAGCACUCGCGAAUGGCAACCAGAGGUGCUCUUCAUAUGGCGCAAUUCGAACGCCAAGCAGCAGGCGGCGGUGGCCAUCAUACACUACAUUCUGAUGGAUUAUGUGCAUCGUGCGGAGGUGAAGCGACAGCAGCGUUUGGCAUGCGCCAAUGCCAUUUCGUAUUUAAUGAAACAAGAGGUUUUUGGCAAAUCCGCAUUUGCCCUGGCGUACAGCCGCUUCGGCGAGGAGUUUCCCGAUCUGCUGGUGGACGUACCUAAUGGCUGGACCUAUGUGUUUGAGUUUCUCGGACCCAUUAUGCAUGAAGGUGGACUCGAGUUGAAGGACAUUUGGCAGCAGCGCUGGCUGGAGGAUCCGCAAUUCACUGAACGUUUUGUACGCGCUUUUGUCAGCUACUUUGUGCAAGAAUUUGGCGCCAGAUACACACACAAGCUAUGGCAUAUAGACAACAAGCUGGAUCGAGGCCAGCUGUUUUGGAGCGAUGCUCGCAAGUAUCGUGACUUUUUGCAAUCGAAUAGCUUUCAAUUUCUGGAGCCCAACAGCACAGCGACAGCUGGUAUGCAGCGGCAAAAGGUUACACGCACCCAAGCGGAGCAUGUGGAGCGGAUAAGCUACCUGCUGCGGCUGUCUAGCGACACCGCCAUUGACUAUAUCAAUACCAAUGUGCAUAUAAAUGCGAGUUUUGUACGCCACCUUACCAAAUUUCUCUGCUGUGACUUCGCACUAAUCAAUGAAUUAACCAAGAACAACAACAACAACAACAAUAAGACUAACAAGAAUAAACUGCAAUUGCAACUGAAUGUGGACAGCUUUAGGCGAGAUUGCACUCCACUGUUGCGGCUCUGUAUUGAUGCUCAGGAGACGCACGAGAUGGCAUGCAUUGAGGAGACGGUCGACGCACUGCAGGAGCACUUUAGCCUCGAGCUGGACGAUGAGAUGGCUGCGGGUGAGGCAAUCUGUAGCGCUUGGAGUGUGCUUUACGAUUGCGAGGUAAUAUCCCGAGACACUUUUGAGAAGUGGUUCAAGCAGGAAUUCAAGCAUUAUCCACGACCACUAAUGGACAAAUUGCGUGCUUUCAUUGAGGAAAUGUAACAGCCCCACAAUCAAUGCCGGAACAAUAACAACAACAACAUCAACAUCGAGGCAAAUCGCAGUCAAAAUGAAUAAACAAUAACCAUAUUUAUGUAUAUGACAAUUGAAACAGCGCCCUUGGGCCUUUCAAUCCUACACCAUGCGCGGUCGUAUAUACAUACACAUCUAUAAUUCAAAACACAUACAGACAGGAACAGAGAACAC